GGGCGGCGCACACAUCAAAAUCCCUCUCAGCCAGCCAGUAGCCAUCGAAUGACAUGGCCACACACGCUCACAGAUGCACACACAGCCAGGUUGGAAGAAAUGUUCCGUAUCCACAAAGCGAGGCCCCCACAUUUCGUUCACUCCGUAGUCUGUCGGUCCGUCCGGUUAACUGCACUGCGGUCACCCAUCAGCAGUGGUGAUGCAACAACAUGUCAACCAGUCGCCCAGCCACCCACACAGUCGAAAACACUUUCAUAGUAUCUGCAAAACUGCUGGCUCUUGUCAGCCCACGUGUGCAUGUCGCCGGUGGUGCAGGGACCAGGUCACCUCGGCGUCCAGCCGCUGUCGAGUCACAGCAAUCGGACGACGGCAAACCUGGCGGACGAACCACCAGCAACACACGCAACUGCGGACGGUAAGUAGAGUGGAGGUGUUGGUAGAUGGACACACCCAUCCAGCCAGCCAGCCAGUCAUUCAUGGGCACAUGCAUCCAUCGGUCGAAAAGAACCCACGUGUGGUACUUAGUACCUCAUGGGUCGUGGUGUGUUGUGUUGUGUUGUGUCCGCGUAAUGAAUGGACGUCACUCAUUCAUUCACACACGGAUGGCAGAAAUAGAUAGUAGUGACACCCACUCAGCCACGCAUGCAGCGAAAAAGAACACGCCUCUUCUGUAUGUGUUUGUGUGUUCGCAGCACUAGCUUCUAUGACCAAUCCAUCCAUCCAUCAGUGAGUGUGUCGGUCCUCUCUCGGACAAAAACGCGAACAAGAGGGCCGCACAUGGGAUAUGUAUUUUGGUGUGUCAUCAGCCAGCAGAGAGAUGUAACAAGGCAGACAGGCAGACAAGCAGGCAGGCAGUGUGGGUGGCGGUGUGUGGGCGAGAGAGGCCCAUGACACCGCUUAUUCAGAUGCAGACAGAUAGUAGGUAGACACGGAGAAGCGCACACACAGCACACAGCACACCCAUUCAAACAUGAAAAUCGGACCACAAGUCAUCGCCGCGUGGCGGCCAGCCCAUGAAUGAAACACUCACCCCCCAUCCACUCAGUCCCCAUCCCUCACAGACCCCUUCAAUCUAUACUUGGGGCACACUCUCUCUCUCCCCCUCAUACUCGGCCACCCACCACACACACACUCAGGCAAAUCGAGCCGCCCCCGUGCGUGUUGUGUUGGGUCUAUCUAUUCUAUUCGUCGUCGUUGCGGUUGAGGUUGGCGCUGUUGAACAUCUGCUGCGCCGCCCCCGCCACGAGCCCCGCCGCGAUGAUGCCUGUGGCCACCAUGGCCGCCGCGGCCGCCGUGGCCUUGCUGGCCUGGCCGGCCUUCUCGGCGAUCUUGGCGAGCUGCUUGCCGCCGUUGGCGUUGCCCCUGAGGAUGGCCGUGUAGGGCCCCACAGAGUCGCCCGCCUCGACCAGCGCCUUGUGUGUGUCGUCGCAGAUGGGGAAACGCUUCGACUGCCAGCAGCGGCAGAUGCGGAUCUUCUUGUCGGGGCCGCCGGGUGGUGGGUAGGUCUCGAUGACGUGGUGGUAGUCGUUGUAGUCGAGCACAUUGGGGUCGACCUUCUCGAAGUUCUGGAGGGGGUCCAUGGGGUAGUAGUUGUCGGGCAGCUUGGUCGGGGCCUUCUUCUCCAUCUGGUUCUGGAAGUAGGUGGUGACGCCGCCCAGGUCCUUGCGCACCUCGAGGAGGCACGGCCCGAUCUUGGCGCCCUGCAUACAGAGGGCGCCGUGUGACUGGUCGCAGAGGGGGAACUUGUCGCUCUUGUAGCAGCGGCAGACGAGGAACUUGCGGGAGUUGAGCAUGUGCUGGUCGGGCGUCCACACCUCGUAGUGCUCGAUGUCGUACUUCUUGUCGUGCGGGCGCAUGUUCCAGUUGUCGCCCUCGUGCCGGGGCAGGUCGUGGUAGUGACUCGUCAACAUUCCUCCCUGACAGACAGAGUCAGACAGACAGACAGGCAGACAGGGAAUACACAGCACACACAAAGGAAGCGUCAGGUGUGUGUCAACACACAAGCGGCCCUGACUCUGCCGUGGGCGGUGCGUGCGCAAGUGCGUGUGGUGCUCACCAUCUUUGACACACCAACACUACAGAAAGAGGGGCUUCCUGCCGACUCUG